CUUCCGUGUUCUUCACUAGGAGGAAGAGGCUUUUCACGGGGCGGACGCGGCCGAACUUCUUACUUUUAUUAGGCCGAACCAGCUUUAAAUAUUGAAGAAAAAACUAAAAUUCAACACACCGAGCUGAAAAACUUUGGGGAAAUGUCUGACAGCCGAGACGAGGAGAAAUCACCGGGAGAGCAGGAACCUCAGGGCGCCGUGGGCGGAGAAGAUGUUAUUGAUGAUCCCAUCUUGGAGCAGGGAGCAGUGGUCCUCAGAGGGUAUGUGAUUGAACGUAUAAACACAGAAGACCCUAGUCGGCACGUCUCCUCUGAGGAUCUGGGAGGAAGGCCGGAUGAACUACAGGAUCCACAAAUUAAAGAAGUGGUGGAUCAGCUUCUCAAGAUAGCUGAUGAACUGAACAGGAACGCUGAGCUCCAGCGACUUAUCAACCAGGUUCAGGGAAACUGUGCUCAGGACAUCUUCAUGAAGGUUGCCAGGAGCAUCUUUGCUGAUGGAAUUAACUGGGGUCGAGUGGUGGCUCUCUUUCAUCUGGCCUACAGACUUAUAUACAAGGCUCUGACUACCAACCAUUUAGAGAACAUCAGAAUGGUUAUCAGCUGGGUUCUCCAAGUCAUUAGAGAGCAGCUCUAUGCCUGGCUUGUGCAGCAGGGAGGCUGGGAGGGGGUGAUCCGUAGCUUUUCUCGAUGGAGGGCAGCAGCCAUAGUAGCAUCAGUCGUACUGGUGGCAACUUUUGUUUAUCUCAGGAGGACACGCUGACACUACCAGACCUCACAACCAGGACUGCAGUCCCAUCUCCUGAAUAUAUGCAGCUUUUUGAUAAAGACAGUCUCUGGGACAUUAAUUACAACCACUCCUCAUCCUUCAUAUCAUUAGCAAGAGGAGGUCAAGUAUUUUACUUUUCUCAGGUUUCCAAGAACAAAAUAAGUGCUUUUACAGCCAGUUGUCCACUAGACAUCUGUCUUCCUUCACCAGCAGCUUAUCAGGACCUUCCACAAAUUACAGAAGCUGCUACACAACCUGCACCAGCCAUUUUGGAGGCGCUUAGCCGCUGAGUAGCAGUGGCUGUCAGCAAUGAUGUUGUUUAAAGAAGUGGGACAUACUACAACUGUCAUCUAAGUCAAGGACCUGACCUUACCUGAACCACAUCUGAGGCUCUAGGUGGGGUCUUUGGCCUUUGGAAAAUUUGGAUGAGACUUAGAGGACAUAGAGAGUAGGGCUGCUUGAUGGAGAUCGCUAUUAUUUAACACGAUUGCUCAUAGACUUUAGAAUCAUGCAUUUAUUAAACUUCUUAAAAAGAACUUCAGCUUUUUAGCCGUAGGUUUUGUUAACAUUUAAAUGUAAUUCAAAACAAAUAUAAAGAUAAAUGCAAAGAAAUAAUGAAGUCAGUUUGUCUGCAAGGGAUUUAGCACCAGGUUCUCUACAAACAUGAAGUGUGAGAUAGGAGAUUGGUGACCAGUGUACAAAUAAACCUCUGCACCAGACAGACGUGACUAUCUGACACCACCUAUGGUUCAAUGCAACAAGUCUGAUUAAUUGCCCAAUCUAAAGAAGAUACCUGAAAAAUGACCCUGAGGACACUAACAUGAUUUUUCUUAAUGCAAGCAAUCAAAAAGUCAAAAUUGACUGCCUUCCAUGUGAGUUUGUAGCUGAAGUUUUAAUGCUGUUGUAUUUUGGCCAAACGGUAGCCAUGAUGGUUCUUUAGUUAACCACGCUCAUAUCUUUUUAUACACAUGCAUGUCAACAAAUGAAGCAUUUAAAACGUCCUGGUUGUCAUGAGUCUUCAGAGCUGGAGAAAGUACCAAAUGCCAACACUCUGCACCAUGGAAAAUGCAAUUUCAGUUUUUUUUUUUUUUUGUUUUUUUUUUAAUGGACAUGGUCCAUCUCAGGUUCAGGUAAGUCAUCUGCUCAGGUCCUUCUUAGAUCAGUGCAGUGUAAUACGUAAAGGGAAUGAGAUUUUUAUUUGUGUUUUGAACUACUCUGCUGGCUCACAGCUCUGUUGAUGAGCUGAGGUUCUUCUAGUGCCUGAAAUACUUUACUGCUGGUAGUGACUUAUGUUUACAGUGAGUUGCCCCUUUAACUAUCUCUUAUGAGUAAUCCCCUCACCAUCACCGUACUGUGAAGACAUCUGAAUUGCACACGGACUGGUAAAAUCCAUGCCAACAGUACCACUGCCUGAUUUUAGGGCAAAAACAGCUAUUGUCUGUUUAAGUCAUUAGUUUUAAAAAAAAAAGACAGAGUUGAGGUGUCUGCAUAAUGCUGAAGUGUGGAGUGUGGACAGGAGAGCAUGUUGAAAAGACCAGUGCAUGACUGACAAAUGGUGUCUUGUGAGACUCUGCUUCUGGAGUGUUAAGGAGCUAAUUUCGGUUGCAUCUAUGGCUGAUGGUCUCCCUGCUGUAUGUAAAUAACAGAAGUCUGAUCUGACUGAGGAAGCCAAUGCAGCAGCCUAUAAAAUGCAAUCAGCCUUGAUUAGCAGGUUGGACAGCAUUCAACUACAUCUUCACUGAGCCUUAAUAUGAACAGAUGUUCAUAUGAAGGUACAUUUUUAGCCUGUAAAACUUGUGUGGCCAUUGAGAAAUGGUUGAAAAAAAAUAUCUAUGUAGAUUCUUAAAGUAGACAAAGGGGAGCAAAAUUUUAGUGAACAAGAAAUUGUUCUGUGUGGCUCUAUGGGAAUAAAGUUUUAUAGAUGAAGAGGUACUUACUUAAACUAGUCCUUUUUACUCAUUACAGUUUUUGCUAUUAGACUGAGCUCUUUGAGAGGGAAAUCACACUAUUCAUCUGCUGUUCUGUUGCAUCUGUUUAAAUUGAAACCUGAUGAUUUUUAUUGUUUUGUCUGAAUUUUUUUUUGUAAUGGACUACAUUUGUGUGAAUAAAUGUAAAGUGUCUUAGACUGCU